UGCAGCCGAUGGGGAAAGGCGGCUGUGGCGGCAGGGCAGGGUUGGGCGCUAUUACCCCCUUUCCGAAAUGCCGAGAAAGACUCGGUUCCCAACUCCCACCCCAAAUCCUCCUGGGGCCAUGAGCGGGAAUUGGGCGGGGUGUAGGGGGCCCUGCGGUGUGUCCCGGUCCUCGGGUGCCCAGCCACGUAAAUCUCCAUGGUGACGCCCUGCCACCGUCUCUUUUCUUCCCUAUGGUCCUGCAGAGUGCAGACUUAAAUCCAAGGUUAUGGCAAAACACCUGAAGUUCAUUGCCAGGACUGUGAUGGUACAGGAAGGGAACGUGGAGGGUGCAUAUAGGACCCUCAACAGAAUCCUCACCAUGGAUGGGCUCAUUGAGGACAUUAAGCGACGGCGGUACUAUGAGAAGCCUUGCCGCCGGCGACAGAGGGAAAGCUAUGAAACUUGCCGGCGAAUCUACAACAUGGAAAUGGCUCGCAAGAUCAACUUCUUGAUGCGAAAGAAUCGGGCGGAUCCAUGGCAAGGCUGCUGAGGCCUGUGGAUAGUCGGCCCAGUAUGAAAACCCCUAUCCAGUUCUAUCUCCACCUCCUUUCUUUUUCCCAUCCCAUUUUCUCUUACCUUUCUUACAAUAAACUCAGUCACGUAUAUCUAA